CAACUCUAUAUAUCUUCCCAUCUCAAAACCCCAUCUCUCCCUUUCUCUUGUGUGCAACCAAAAUCCCACGGCCACCACCGUCAGCGGCGGCGAUACCAUCCCUAGUCUUAGUUACAACAACUGGAAUUUGUUCUCAGUCAACAAUGGAUCCGUGCCCGUUUGUACGGAUCCUCGUAGGUAACUUAGCUCUUAAGUUUCCAGCUGCUUCAAGAUCCUUCAUUUCAAGUUCAAGCUCAUGCUUCUGCAAGAUCAAGCUCAAGAAUUUUCCAACCCAAGAAGCCACAAUCCCUCUAUUGCAUCUACAACAACAAGAGAAAAUUCAAAACCGAGAUAGCAAUUGCAUAUCAAAUUCUCUCGCAGCUUGUUUCAAUCUCGACAAAACCCAGAUCGAGAAAAUCUCGUCUUCUAAGAAACCCAAGAGUUUGACUAUUGAGAUCUAUACUGGAGGAGAUGGGGCUGUAUGUGGGUGGACAGAUAGGAAGCUUUUGGGGAAGGUGAUUGUUCCACUAAACCUUAAAAGGGCAGAAUCUAGGCCUCAUGUAAUGCACAAUGGAUGGAUUGCAAUUGGACAAGGAAGCAAGAAAGGAUCAUCCAUGGCGGAAUUUUAUUUGAGUGUUAGAGCUGAACCUGAUCCGAGAUACGUGUUUCAGUUUGGAGGAGAACCAGAGUGUAGCCCUCAGGUUUUUCAAGUACAAGGAAAUGUUAAGCAGCCUGUUUUCACUUGCAAGUUCAGUUUGAGAAAUCCUGGAGAUCGCAAUUUGGGUUCAAGGCAAUCGACAUUGGAACCAACCACAUCAAGAAAUUGGCUGUCUUCCAUGGGAGCUGAAAAGGACCAAUCUGCAAAAGAACGAAAAGGGUGGACAAUUACUGUCCAUGAUCUCUCAGGCUCGCCGGUAGCAAUGGCAUCAAUGGUGACGCCAUUUGUAGCAUCCCCAGGUUCCGGCCAAGUCAGCCGCUCCAACCCAGGUGAUUGGCUAAUUCUCCGACCAUCCCUUGGCGCCUGGAAAUCCUGGGGCCGCCUAGCGGCUUGGCGGGAGCAUGACAACGUAGGCUAUCGUUUCGAAUUGAUACACGACACCGUCACCGCCACCCCCACCACCACAACGCUAAUCAAUUCCGUCGUUAGCACCAAAAACGGAGGCAAAUUCACAAUCGACACCACUAACAGUGUGUCCACCCCAGUUUGCAGCCCGCAAAGCAGCUGCGAUUUUGGAUCCGGAUCAGGAUCUGGUUCGUGGUCAGGAUCAGAGUUGGGAGCUGGAAUUUUCUCACAAUUCUUGUACAGAGGAUUCGUAAUGUCAUCGACAGUGAAAAGUUACAGCAAGUGUAGUAAACCGGAGGUGGAGAUUGGGGUUCAGCACGUGAAUUGCACGGAGGAUGCGGCUGUUUUCGUGGCACUUGCGGCAGCCAUGGAUCUAAGCAUGGAUGCUUGCAGAUUGUUUUCUCAUAAGCUAAGGAAAGAGCUGAGACAACAGAUGGAGCAGAGUCAGAGUUUUGUCGUUUGACGUUGGAUUGGUUGUCGUUUUGGACGAAUAAAGGAUUACUGAUGAUUUUGGCUGGGUGUUGGAUUUUUUAUUUUUUAUUUUUCACUUAUUAUUUUCUAGAGCUGAUGUGGCUAACUGUAGUUGUUGAGCUGGAGAUGUUCAUGAUUAUUUUUAUUUUAUUUUAUUUUGUUUAUUGUACAGUGAGGAUUGACACGGCAGGGUUUACAUAAUAUAGUAUGCAUUUUUUUUUAAUUUUUA